CCCGCCACUCUCGACCGCUUCUACAACGCAGAUGUGGCCGUGGUGGAGCUGAGCGACUCCGUCUGCCAGCCCUCCCUCUUCUACCACCUGGGCGUCCGUGAGAGCUUCAACAUGUCCCACAACGUCCUGCUGUGCUGCCAGGCCGACCUGUCCCCCCUCCAGGCCCUGCAGGAGGACAUCUGCCAGAAGAACUCGGACCUCUGUGGCAGCUACACCUUCAUCCCCUACGCGGUGACACCCCAGAACAAAGUCGUCUGCUGCAACGCCGGGGCCGUGAAGUGCCUGACGGAGCUUUUCCAGCCCAGCUUCGAGACAGAGACCACCUCCAUCCUGCUGCCAGCCCGGCUCGUCCAGCUGCUGGAGGGGAUCCCCACCGACUCCUGCGGGUAUUUUCGGGAGACGAUCCGGCGGGAUAUCCGGCGGGCGCGGGAGAUGUACCGAGGGGAGCAGCUGAGCCGGGAGCUUGUCCGCAUCCAGCAGCGCCUGGACAGCGUGGAGCUGCUCAGCCUGGACAUCGUGGUGAACCUCCUCCCGAGCCUCCACGCGGGCAUCAACGCCGCCGUCCUCCUCGUGGCCGCCGGGCACCAGUUCGAAACCUCCGUGCAGCUGCAGCAAAUCGGGGUGAAGCUGAGCUGCCUUCAGGGUCGCAAGGGCAGUCCGGAGGAGCUGCGCUACUAUUGGGAUGUGGGAUUCUGCCUCGGAGCUGGCAUCUUGGCCAACGACCUCAGCAAAGUCAUCCAAGCCUCGGAGAAGCUCUACAAGCUCAACGCACCGGGCUGGUACCUGGUCUCGGUCAUGGAGACCUUCCUGCUCUACAAACACUUCCAGAGGAGCCCGCAGGUCCCCUCCGCUCGGCAGGAGCUGGCUGAUUUCUGGCUGGGUUUCCUCCUCGAGGCGUGCCAGCCCUUCGUUGCCGCACCACACUGCUCGGUCCUGGUCCUGGAGCUCAGCAAGGUCCUGCAGCCGGCGCGGUUGGCACUGCGGAGCGGCACGGAGGAUCCCACCCUGACCCUCACCCUCAUCUGCCCCACAGAGGAGUACCGCUACGAGUACUCGGAGGCGGGCGAACGGGUGGUCCUGGGCAGGGGGACAUUCGGGGUCGUCUACGCCGGGCGCUGCCUCAGCAACCAAGUGCGCAUCGCUAUCAAGGAGAUCCCGGAGCGGGACAGCUGGUACUCGCAGCCCUUGCACGAGGAGAUCGCCUUGCACAAGCGCCUGCGGCACAAGAACAUCGUGCGGUACCUGGGCUCCAUCAGCCAGGAUGGCUUCAUCAAAAUCUUCAUGGAGGAGGUGCCGGGAGGGAGCCUCUCCUCCCUGCUGCGCUCCAAGUGGGGACCCCUGAAGGACAACGAACCCACCAUCGUCUUCUACACCCGCCAGAUCCUCAACGGACUCAGCUACCUGCACGAUAACCACAUCGUCCAUCGCGACAUCAAGGGAGACAACGUCCUCAUCAACACGUACAGCGGGGUGUUGAAGAUCUCCGACUUUGGUACCUCCAAGCGGCUCGCGGGCAUCAGCCCCAGUGCCGAGACCUUCACGGCACCUGCUUCAUUAGGGGUCAGGGGCACGGCGGGCGCGAGGUUGGGCUUGGAGCAUCUCACCCAGCUGCUGAGCUGCCUGAGGAGCUACAUCCAGUGUCCCAGCCAGCACCAGCUGCGCCAGGACCUCCUGGCACUGCAGAGCUGCCUGCGGGCAGAGGGGCUGAGCCUCCCCCACCUCCAGGCCCCCCUCUUCGGCUUCCAGGCAGCGGUGCGAUGGGUGCUGCGCCAGCACCACAUCAAACCCCACUGGAUGUUUGCGCUGGAUGAUGCCGUGAGCCAGGCGGUGCAGGCAGCUUUCACCGUGCUGGUGAGAG